UAGAUCCCACUCACAUCCUUUCUUUAUCUGCGUCAUCCUUCUUCUCCUUCCUUGGAAUGGAGCGAGACGGAGAGCGGCACUACCUGUGAAUCCAUGUGGCCGUUGCUCUCGUGGAAGCAUCAGACACAGCAUUGGCUUCUUGUUCUAGCUGAGCUGGUUUAGGACGUGGGCGAUGGACCUCAGCUCGCUCGUCGAGGUGCUAAUGCACGGGGAGGAGCAAUUGAGGCAGCUCGAAGCGUGCCUCGAUGUGCAUUCGCCUGUGGAGCACAAGAAGCAGCUCGUGCUGCAGGCGCAGUCUCACUUCAAGCGGGCUAUUUCCAUGGCCAAAUCCAUCGACCACGAGCGGUUCCGGCAGGGGCCCGGCGCCAGCGCCGCAGCGUUGGACUCGCCGCGUUCCAACAGCGGCGGGAGCGACAACUCCGACAAGGCCCUGAAGGAACAGGAGCGCAGGGAGAUGUGCAAGAAGAGGAAGACUCUGCCGAAAUGGACCAGCCAGAUUCGAAUCUCGUCGAGCGAAGGGGUGGAUGGGCUCGACGACGGCCAUAGCUGGAGAAAGUACGGGCAGAAGGAGAUCCUUGGAGCCAAGUACCCAAGAGGCUACUUCAGAUGCACUCACCGCAACACCGUCGGAUGUUUCGCCAUGAAGCAAGUGCAGAGAUCCGACGACGACCCCUCCGUCUUCGACAUCACGUACCGAGGAGAGCACACUUGCCCCCAGAAGCCGCGAACCGUCGCGACCUCGGCCCUGCACCGACCAGACAUCCACCAAAGCCAGCAGCGUCCUCGUCAAGAUCAGCAGCUGCUUUUGAGCUUCCAAACCAGCCUGAAGGUGAAGACAGAAGGCUCGAGCUUCGAAGACCCAGACCAGAAUUCUCCCUUCUCCUUCUCUUCGACCCCGAUGAGCACUUUGUGUACGCCCCCAACCCCAGAGAACAAGUUCAUGGGCAGCUUCUCGCCAUCACCAUGCCGGGCGAGCAGCUUCGGAGAGGCUCCACCUCUGCAUAUAACAGAGUCCGACCUCAGUGACUUCAUCUCUGCCACGACCUCAGCAGCCACCUCCUCCGCCAUGGACAUCGCCUUCAUGCUUGACUCAGUGGGGUUCGACCCAGCUUUCCAUUUCGAUGCUUCGAGCUUCCUCCAUAACCUGUGACCGACAGAGAAGCAGAGCAGUACGUGAAGCCCCUUCUCAAUCAUUUUGAGGAAUUCUUCCCUUAUAACAUAAGUAGAAUUUGCAAUGGCAUCUGCUGCUGCCUUUUUGCUAUAGAUUUUAACUUGAAUUUGGUGUUUCAAUUAGCAGUGUGUAGAUGAGAGAUGAUGUACUCUGUAGUAGAACAUAGUCGUAGUGUGACGCUUGUGAUUGGAACUCCAGCAUCUCAAGAUAAAUCUAUUUCCUUGGAAUGUCA